AUGAUCUCCGCGGGUGCUGAUGCGAUUGAGAAUGAGGAGGCGGGGGAUGUGCCUUGUGUUGCUGCUGCAGCGACAGGACCAACAUAUAAGGCUCCUCAAAAGUCGGCGUGUGCUGAUACGAUUGAGAAUGAGGAGGGGGGGAUGUGCCUUGUGUUGCUGCAGGCCUUCAACAUUCUGCUGGAUAUUUACAGGAAGAACAAUCUCUUUGCUGACGUGGCAUGGGUGAUGGAUGAGCUGGCAGCGAGCGGGAUCAAGCCCGACGUGAUAACGUGGAACACCCUGAUUUGCUGCUACGGUCAGGCCCAAAUGCUGCCGAAAGUCGAGGCUACAGUAGAGGCGAAGCGGAGAUCCGGCUGCCGCCCGAAUCGGCGCACCUACAACGGUCUGAUCGACGCAUUUGGACGGUGCGGAUCGGCCGCUGACACAGCAGCGGUGUUCGAGGCGAUAAAGUGCGCCUGCCAUGGGGUAACGUGGCUGACUUGCAUCCUUUCGAGCACAGACAUGCAUCAUUCAUGGAGGUAA